AUGACAAUGCUCACUGAUGAUGUCGGCGUAACCUCUAUGAAUGUACCACGUACACGAUACGCGACUCUUAUUCCAUUUCUUUGGCCAAGCAAUCACUCACUCGGACUUAACUCUAGCCGACCCUUUUUAAAUCUCACCUGCAGACUAUUUCUCUCACCAGGUCUGCUAUCAAGUGCAUUCAACCAGCAGCUGACUCACCUGGGCUUUUCACUCGUUGCUAGGCUGAAGCGCUCAGCCAAAAUGCGUUAUGCCCUUGUUGCCUGCACAUGGGUUUUAUGUGCGUCCCUCUAG